CGAUGAACAUUCAUCAUGAUGAUGAUGACCGCCCGUUGAAGAAGAGGCGUUUCUUUGCGGAUGACGAAGAUCUCCUCACUCCCCAGCCAUCCACUGAUUCUGUCACAGCAAGUCUCCACACGCCCGCUUCCUCGUCCCUGACCGAUCGAGGGGCCCAGCUACAGCCUACACGAUCUGAAAACGGCCCGGAAAUUAUAGAGGUGCCCUUGCCGGAUAGUUCCUCGCGGGUCGAGGGUCAUACCGUGCCGCAGGUCGAGCAAGAGGCUGUGCAGGGGGAACACAAUGCGAUUUCGAGGAGGACAGAGGAUGCCUUACUACGGGUGGACUUUGAUGGUUUCGACAUUUCAACAUUUACUAGUAUUAUAGGGGAACGUCUCUCGGCGGAUUCGAUACAAAAUAUUCGAAAUGCGGCUGGCGACGACCUUGAACGGGCGGUCAACAUCUAUUUCGAUGGCUCUUGGAAGAAAUCCCCAGCUCCUCGUGCUCAGAACCAAACCACUCUCACGGCUCGCCAACGCCCGCUUUCUGCACAGCCCCAAAGGACCUCCACACCCCUAUCAGCAUCCUCUCACCCACGCACCCAGACUCCGACGCCUGACAAGGCCACAACUCGCCCUGCGGCCCAGCCUCCAUUAAGAUACAUAGGUGCAUUUGGUGUUGGAGCCUGGGCUACAAGGAGUGGAUCUGGAUUUCUCAGACAUGGGGAUCUUGUAAAUAUUGAGCGCACACGGUCUCAGCCGCUCUCGAAGCGGAACCGCGCCGGGAAGCUCGUUUCAAACCAGAAAAGUGAUUUUCUCACCCGUUUUACCACUAAAUCGGGCCAGGAAAUAGGAAGAUUGCCCCGGGAAAUAGCUGAAUGGGUCUCAACCCUGCUGGAUCAAAGGGUGUGUACAUUUGAAGGUGUAUGCGUAUACGUGCCGGACCGGGUCCGGGUGAAUGACACCAUCUAUCUGCAGCUGCGAUGCUACUUGCGCAUCGAGGCCUUCCAGCCACGGAUCUUCAGUCAAUCGAUGGACGACAAUAGGUCCGUUGCAUUUUUCGAAGAGAAAGAAAGUGCGGAUGAAAAGGCGCUGCGGCUCCGCCAGGUGGCCUUGGUGAAGCUAUUUGAUGAAAUCCAUCUCCAACCGACGUCCACCAAUGAUAUGACGAGGAACCACAAGAAAGAGGGAUUGCUUCGUGCGGCGGAGAUGGCUGAACAACAUGAGCGAGUAAAGAAAGAGAACCAAGCAAACGACGACUCCUCGGAGGAGGAUAGCCCAGAGCUUGAAGAGGACCAGCUUGAUACCCUGUAUAAGAAAGCUCAGUCGUUCGAUUUUAGCAUGCCUGAAGCAGAGCCUGCCUCGUCAUUUACCAUGCAUCUUCGAAAGUACCAGAGGCAGGCACUGUAUUGGAUGCUUGCAAAGGAAAAGGAUAAUAGGUCUGCAAGGGAGACGUCGCUCCAUCCCUUAUGGGAGGAGUACAGCUGGCCGUCCAGAGAUGUCGACGACAAAGAACUCCCGGCUGUGGAUGGCAUUGACCACUUCUACGUCAACCCUUACUCUGGCGAGCUUAGCCUUGACUUUCCUGUUCAAGAACAGCAUUGCCUUGGGGGUAUCCUCGCAGACGAAAUGGGCUUGGGUAAGACAAUUGAGAUGCUCAGUCUGGUCCACUCGCAUCGCAUUACGCCCCAGAAGCCCAGUAAUCUUGUGAGGUUGCCCCAGUCGGCUUCCGGGGUCGUACCUGCACCAUAUAGCACACUUGUGAUUGCACCCACAUCCCUCCUCUCGCAGUGGGAAAGUGAGGCGCUAAAGGCUUCGCAGCCGGGAACAAUGAACGUCCUCAUGUAUUACGGGGCAGAUACAAAAAUAAACCUCAGGGAUCUCUGUGCUUCUGGCAAUGCCGCUGCCCCUAAUCUGAUUAUAACCAGCUAUGGCGUUGUUCUCUCGGAAUAUCGUCAGUACAUGUCCGCGCUGCUCUCGUCUAUGAGCUCUGGUGGCCUAUUUUCCGUAGACUUCUUCCGAGUCAUCGUCGAUGAAGCUCACGUGAUCAAGAAUCGUCUGUCAAAGACAGCCAAAGCGUGUUAUGAGCUCAAAGCAACCCAUCGAUGGGUACUCACAGGAACUCCUAUUGUCAAUCGACUGGAGGACUUGUUCAGCCUUGUGAGAUUCCUCAAGGUUGAGCCAUGGAACAACUUUUCGUUCUGGAAGACGUUCAUAACAGUUCCUUUCGAAUCCAAGGAUUAUGUUCGAGCUCUGAAUGUCGUGCAAACCGUGCUAGAGCCGUUGGUUCUCCGACGUACCAAGACAAUGAAGACACCCGAGGGUGAACCUUUAGUGCCUCUACCGCGUCGCACCAUUACAAUAGAACAAGUCGAACUUCCAGACCAGGAACGGCAGAUUUAUGAUCUUAUCUAUACUCGGGCAAAGCAGACGUUCAAUCACAAUGUCGAAGCUGGCACUUUGUUGAAGUCCUAUUCAACAAUCUUCGCACAGAUUCUCCGUCUUCGCCAGACUUGCUGUCACCCUAUCCUCACUCGUAACAAAGCGAUAGUUGCAGACGAGGAAGAUGCAGCAGCCGCUGCUGACGCAACCAACGACCUUAAGGACGACAUGGAUCUCCAAGAACUCAUUGACCGCUUCAAGGCAUCUACCGAAGCAGCUGAAUCCAACGAGCCUCAAGAUUCAUCUGCCAAAUUUACCACCCAUGCACUGAAACAAAUCCAAAACGAUGCCAGCGGCGAAUGUCCCAUUUGCUCGGAAGAGCCCAUGAUUGACCCUGCAGUCACAGCCUGCUGGCACAGUGCAUGCAAGAAAUGUCUGGAGAACUACAUCCGCCAUCAAACCGACAAGGGCAUGGACCCUCGGUGUUUUUCAUGCCGAGCACCCACCACGUCGCGAGACAUCUUCGAAGUGGUUCGUCAUGAAACCCCGAACGCCACUCCGGAGGACGAUAUAUAUAGCAGUACUCCUAUCCCCUCUCAAGCACCUCCCCGAAUCACACUCCGCCGCAUUCACCCGCUUUCGCCGUCUGCCCAUACAUCUGCCAAAGUACAUGCCCUUCUCGCUCACCUUACACGUGUCCCGGCCAAUACCAAAUCUGUUGUCUUUUCCCAAUUCACCAGCUUCCUUGACCUCAUUUCACCGCAACUCACGCGUGCGGGCAUCAAUCACGUCCGUCUGGACGGUACCAUGCCACACAAAGCCCGCGCCGAAACCCUGGCCCAAUUCAACCGAGCUGAAACCUUCGCCGACCAAACCGAAAUUGACAACGAUGUCGAAGCCAACGAUUCAGCCCAGCUUCCUCUCUCCAAGGCAAAGCAUAGACAUGCGACCGCCCCGGCCCCUCCCACGGUUCUUCUUAUCAGUCUCCGCGCUGGAGGUGUGGGCCUGAAUCUCACGGCAGCUAGCAACGUCUUCAUGAUGGAUCCUUGGUGGAGUUUUGCGAUCGAGGCGCAGGCCAUCGAUCGGGUUCAUCGCAUGGGUCAGACACGGGAUGUGCAAGUGACCCGUUUCGUGGUGAAGGACUCUAUCGAGGGACGGAUGUUGAGGGUCCAGGAACGGAAGAUGAACAUUGCAGGGUCUUUAGGGCUGAGGGUUGGUGGGGACGGCUCUGAGGAUGAUAAGAAGAAGGAGAGAAUUGAGGAAUUGAGGUUGUUGUUCGAAUAGUUUCCAUCUUGAGAGAUAGGGAUGGGGCCAUUUGGCGCACAUGUUAUGAUACCAAUUUAGAGAUAUAUUUCGG